CUUCGGCGAUUCCGAGCGUCGUCGAUGUCGUACUGUCAGCUGUUCGUUCGUUAUCGUCAACUGAUGUGACGGUAGACGGGGCAAAGGGUUAACAAUUAUCUUUUAGUGAAAACUGAAAAUAUUAUUUAUUAUUAAUAAUAUUACCUAAAAACAUAUAUCUGUGCGUUGUUGCUAUAGUUCUCGUUUGUACCCGUUUCUGUUGUACGCAUGUAGUUUGUUGGUAGACUAGAGAAAUGUCGGGCAACUACGGCCGCUACCACCGCUGUUGUCAUCAUUAUUAUUGGUAGUGAUCUAGUCUCGUCGCGAUGGCCGCAGCAGACGUAAAAAGUUCGACCCCGCCGCCCCCACUGUCGAUGGUCGACGAGGACAUGAAAGGAUGGCUGUUCAAGUGGACAAAUUACAUUAAAGGAUACCAAAAACGGUGGUUCGUCCUGUCCAACGGUGUACUAUCCUACUACAGUACAGGUAUUCAUACAUCUGUUAUGAAGAAGUCAUCAAAUAUAUCAACCAUGACUCAAGCUGAAAUAUCACAGUUAUGUCGUGGUACGAUUAGUUUGAAUGGGGCCACAAUACACACAGAGGAUUCGUGCACAAUCGUUAUAUCAAAUGGCGGCACUCAAACUUUUCACCUCCGCGCCACUAGUGAAGUUGAACGGCAAAGAUGGGUAACUGAAUUAGAGUUGGCUAAAGCUCGAGAAGUUGGACAUACAAAUACUGAUAGAGGCAAGGAAAAAGAAUUGAGUGCAAACUUAGAAGUUUCAUCUGUAGUGUCUUCAUUAAAUACAAAAUUAUCUGAAUUGCGAUCACAAAGCGAGAUUAUAUCUAAACAUAGCAAAGCUCUUCAACGGUGCUUAACUGAACUAGAAACUAUAGACAUACCCCCUGAUGUCUCCACAAAAAUAAAAGCAUGGAUGGAACGUGCAAAUUUGAUACGUAUUGCGUCAGUUGGUAUGGUAACUAAUUGUUCAGAGUAUUUAGAUUUGGCUCAAAGUCAGGGUAAUAAAUGGCAAAAGAUGUUGUAUAAUGAACGGCGGCAGCGUAUACAGUUGGUAGAAAUGGUAGAUCAAAUUGCUAGGGAACAGACUGUAUUGGAGCAUGUAGCUAAUAACGACAAACAAGGUGAUUCUACCGAUGAAGAUGAUGCUUCAGACAGUUGUGAAUUUUUUGAUGCUCAAGGUGGUGAUUCUUUUGAUGUUACCACAAAUAAUUAUCUAGUUAACUGUCAGUCUCAAAAUAUUAUCCAACAUAAAUCUCUUUCAAGUUCACAGGUUCUUGGAAAAUUAGUUAAUGAAGAACUAGAUUGCAGUGGUGGAUCUAGUAGUGAUAUUGACGAUCCCACUGAGUCCUCAGCUAUAUUAACAGCUGCGAUUUGUUCAUCAACUGGUUUAAAUACCGACCGUGAUGAAAAUAAUAAAUCUUCUAGAAUGUUUCCUCAACUUUCUGAACAUGCCAAAAAAAUACUAGAGGACGUUAUUAAACAUCCUUUAAAACAAAAAGACCAACGAAGGUGUAGAGUCACUGACAAGCCAAAUCACCCAUUACAUAUUUGGAGUAUUUUGAAAAAUUGUAUUGGAAAAGAUUUGUCUAAAAUACCAAUGCCGGUCAACUUUUCUGAACCAUUGUCAAUGUUACAAAGAAUUACUGAGGAUUUUGAAUAUUCAAAUAUUUUAGAUACAGCAGCUCAAUGUAAAGAUUCAUUUGAGCAGAUGGCCUAUGUUGCUGCAUUUACAAUUUCAUCUUAUUCAACAACUGUAAAUCGGACAAGUAAACCUUUUAAUCCAUUGUUGGGUGAAACAUAUGAAUGUGAUAGAAUGUCAGACCUUGGUUGGAAAGCAUUUAAUGAACAAGUUUCACAUCAUCCUCCAAUUUCGGCCCAGUAUUGUUCGGGUAAAGAAUGGUCUUGUUGGCAAGAAUUUUCAAUGUCCUCAAAAUUUCGGGGUAAAUACUUACAAGCAAUUCCCAAUGGUACUGCUCAUCUUGAAUUUUCAGCAUCUGGAAAUCAUUAUACUUGGACCAAAGUCACAACUACUGUUCAUAAUAUAAUUGUUGGUAAAUUGUGGGUUGAUCAAACAGGUGAUAUGACAAUAACAAAUCAUAAAGAUGGUUCUAAAUGCCGCUUAAGUUAUAUACCCUAUAGUUAUUUCACUAGGGAUCAGCAGAGAAAAGUAAAAGGAUAUGUUAUGGAUAAAGAUAAUGAAAUUAAAUGGGUUAUAAAUGGUACUUGGGAUAAUAAAGUUGAAAUAGCUCCUGUUACCAAAUUUGAAGGUCCUAUUGAAAGUCCUACAUGUCAAACAGGAAGUUAUAUAACAGCCUGGCAAAGACAAGCACCUCCAUCUGACAAUGAAAAAUACUACUAUUUCACUGUGUUAGCGAGCCAAUUGAAUGAACUUGAAGAAGGUAUAGCGCCAACAGAUUCAAGAUUACGGCCAGAUCAACGUUUAAUGGAGUUUGGUCUUUGGGAUGAAGCUAAUAUUGAAAAACUGAGGUUAGAGGAAAUUCAGAGAGUCAGAAAUCGCAAAGUAAACACAGGAUUAGCAGAUUCCAAUCAAAUCAAUGAAAAUGAAGAAGAAGAUGAUGAUACAAUCCAAGAAAAUGAUAACAGUACUAUCAAACCAGUAUGGUUUAAACGAGAUGUUUGCAAAUGGACAAAAAAGCCUUGUUUUACUUUUACACAUGAAUAUUGGGAGUGCAAACAAAAAGGAGAUUGGAGCAGAUGUCCAUCUUUAUUUUAAAUACAUGUGAUAAUUUGUUUAUUGUAUUAAGCUUAAGCAACAUUGUAUAUGGCCAUAUUAUGUUGAAACCUUAGAUUAAAUGUGAACAGAAGUAUCUCAGAAUUUAAGUAUACUACCAAAAACUCCAAAAUUGCACGGUAGGUCUUUUCAUGUUAAUAUUAUCUCUUUAACUACUUUAUGACUAGUAACUUUGAGUAUUUUUUCCAUAAUUUGAACUCCAAAUCUAUCGCACUGCGUAAAUCUUGUAGACAAAAUUAGCCUGAAGAUAAUAUUUUAGCUAAUUUGUAAAUUUACAAAUUAUUGUUUUAUACUUUGUUUUUACAUAUAUGUUUCAUCUUUAAUAUGCUUUGUUACCUAAAUUAUUUAUAACAUAGUUGUCCUUGUAUUAUUUUUUUAAUUUGUUUAUUGUCAAUUUACUUACAAUUAUUUAUAUUUGUUUUAUUAAAUCAUGGUAUACUUUAAUGAUCAUUAAUUUUAAAUUAUUUCUUUUAAAGAUAUGGUAAUAUUGAAAUUAUUAACAUGACAAGUCUGUGUAAAAAUAUUAAAAAUUUUAAUAUGUAUGUUUAUUGAAAAUAUUAUGUUUAAUGUGUUUUGUAAAAAUAUUAAUUGAAUACUUCUUGUACAUUAAUUGGUGUUAGAUGUAUUCUUAAAAAUAAGUUUCAACUCAAUUAAAAAAAAAAAUUGAUAUUAAUUAUUUUGAAAAGUGAUAACAAAUAAUAAUAAUUAUUUUUUGUAACUCAAUCAGUUUUUAAUAAUUAUUAUAUCUAUUAAUGUUUCUAUGCAUUUGUUUUGAAGUUAUUGUUUACACUAACAUAAAAAAACAAAAACAAAAAAAAAAUAUAUAAGUUCUAAGAAGUUAAAUAGAUAUUGUUUAAAAUGGUUUUUAUAAAAAAAAAAUUUAAUAUGACAAUAAAUUGUCUUAUAAUUCACCAACAAGGACGUUAUGUAUGUGAAUCACUGUUUAGCUUUAAAUUAUAUAAUUGAUAUCUAUGAGUGGCAAAAUAAUCAACCAUAGAUUUUAGGUAUUCUGUUUAUAAGCAUAAAAAAAAAUAAUAAAAAUAACUGGACAAAAAAAAUUAUAUUAUUAGCCAAGUAUUUUUAAUUUAUAGCAUUCCAUUGAUAUAUUUUUAUUUUUGUUUAAAUCUAUUCAAAAUUUUAUUUUGUUAAAAAAUUCUCUUUAUGUAUAUUAUUUAAUUUUAUCUUGUUAGACGUACAAGAUAACAGGUGCUUAUGCAAUGGCUCCAGUUUUCAUUUUCAUACUUUUAAUUCAUUUAUAUUCUCGUUAUAAAAAUAAAUUAUUCAGAUAUUGUUUGUUAUACUAGUAUUGGCAUAUGUAAAGCAUAGGUCUAUAAUAUACAUAUAUUUAUUUUUGUUUUUGUUUUGUUUUGUUGAAAUGUUCACACAACUUGUACGACUAACUAGAAUUUAUGACUGUUUAUGUUAAUUUUAAAUUUUAAAUUUGACAUGUGACUAUUUACUUUAUUUAUUUUAAUUAUUUAUAAUCAUUUAAUAUUUUUGAAAAUAUGUAACAAUUCAUUAUCAAGUAUUUAUUUUUUAUUUUUUGUAUUUUAUGUUGACUUAAUAAUUACCUAUUUGUGAAACAACUCUAAUCUUAAAAGCUUCAUUCAUUUUUCAUAUUAUUACCCUUAAACUUUUAUAAAUCGUAAUUAUAUACAUUAUAAAUAGUUAACUUUAUACUUUUAUUUAUAGUUUAAAGUUUUUAAACUAUACAUUUCAAAGUAAAUUGAAAAAAGUUCUAAAGGAAAUUAUUAUGAUAUAAAUAUAUAUAUUCUAGUGAGCCGUACAACUUGAUAUAUACCUAAUUUAUUUUGUAUUAAAUUAGUCAUUCUAUGUUACCAUAUAAUAAUGUUCUUAUAACACUAUGUUUACAGAUAUAAUAGUCAACAGUUUUAUUUUAUUUUAUUUAACUUAAGGGCUGUGAAAAAAAAUCAAGAAUAAAUGCUAUAAGAAUAGGUUAUCAGUAUUAUAAAAAAACUGUCAUUGUAUUAUUUAAUAUAUAUUAUAUUUUGAUGUUUAUGUAUCUGCUUUGUCAACAUAAAAAUGUAAAUUUUACUAUUAUACAAUUUUAUUGUAUGGAUCAACAGAAAUACAUUUUUUUUAGUUCAAAAGAGAUUAGUAUCUAAACAAAAACGGGUGUGGGUAAACCAUUUCGUUUUAUAAUACAGUUUUGUUUUAAAGUUAUUAAUAUUAAUUUAAGAAUAUAAUACGUACUUAUAGUUUUAUUUUGUUUUA